CGAUUUCAAAGGAAGGUUAUGAACAUCUUAUUCCACCACAUUGAUCUGACAUAUUAUACGUAAUAGCACAUUGCUGUUUACAACACCAUUCAAUUACAACAAAUGUGCGUCACUGAUCAAUGUGUUCACCCACACAACAAAUUAGUUUACCAACAGGACAAAAGAACAGUUCAUCUUAACAUAAUACUUUUCUCAUGUAGCAUACUUUGCUGAUAAUACUACACUAUACUUUUAAAGGCAGGACUGUAGCAUUUACCUGUAGUAUGUAAAGAAUAAAGGCAGUGGAAAUGAUCUAGUGCGUCACCUAGUGGUGAGUAUUGACAUUCAUUGAUUUAACAAAUACAUCUGAAAAAGCAGAACAGACACGUAACCAACAUUCUGUGGUGGUAUUCUUCCCUCCAUCCACAGUGAAAUAAUGUAUAAUAAUAAAAACAUUUUUAAAGGAUAUUCACAUGUGCGCUGAAACAUUGUUGCUUUUUUUGCUUCUUUUUUUAAAGCAAAGUAUCACGUGCCGCUGUGAAACCAGAAGCAGGAGCCGCGCGGCCGCUGGGAAUCCCGCGCAUGCGCAGACCGGCCUUUCUUUAGCAGCUGUAUUUCCUGCUCGCUGUUUCCUCUGGCAGCGAUGGCAGAAGUGAAAGCCUCCCUGACUUUUGGCGUCCUGGCGGCUCUCCUGGCGUCUGCGGUGCUCGCGUUUGUGGAGGAUUUAGAUGACACAUUUAAAGACACCAGAGCCAAUGAUGUCUGGCUGGUUGAUUUCUAUGCGCCGUGGUGCGGCUACUGUAAAAAGCUGGAGCCCGUGUGGCACGACGUGGGCGUGGAGCUGAAGAGCUCCGGGUCUCCGGUCCGCGUGGGGAAGAUGGACGCCACGGCCUACUCCGGAAUGUCGUCAGAGUUCGGUGUCCGUGGUUACCCCACAAUCAAAAUGUUAAAGGGGGAUCUUGCCUAUAAUUACAAAGGACCAAGGACCAAAGAUGACAUCGUGGAGUUCGCCAACAGAGUGGCGGGGCCGGCCGUCAGGGCGCUUCCCAGCAAGCAGAUGUUCGACCACAUGAUGAAACGACACAACGUGCUGUUUGUGUACGUCGGCGGGGAGUCUCCCCUCAAAGAGAAGUACAACGACGUGGCCUCCGAGCUCAUCGUCUACACGUAUUUCUUCUCGGCUGCGGAGGAAGUCUUUCCCGAGUCGGUCACUUUGCCAGAGCUUCCUGCGGUCGUGGUCUUUAAGGACGGGGCCUACUUUACCUAUGAUGAGUACGCGGACGCCAGUUUGUCUUCGUGGGUGAACAAGGAGCGCUUCCAAGGGUACCUGCAGAUCGACGGCUUCACGCUCUACGAGCUCGGCGAAACAGGCAAAUUGGUAGCGAUUGCAGUCAUCGACGAGAAGGACCCGACCGAGGAGAGUGGCAGAUUAAAGACCCUGAUUCAGACGGUGGCGAAGGAAUACAGAGAGCAUUUUAACAGAGACUUCCAGUUCGGCCACAUGGACGGGAACGACUACAUCAACAGUCUCAUUAUGGGCGAGGUGACGGUGCCCUCCGUCAUCAUCCUGAACACGUCCAACGAGCAGUACUUCCUGCCCAGCGAGCCGGUGGCGACCACGGAGCAGCUGGUCCAGUUCAUCAACGGCGUUCUGAACGGUUCUGCACAGGCGCACGGAGGGGACGGCUUCGUGCAGAGGAUCAAACGAGUGGCCUUUGAUGCCAAGUCCACCAUCAUGUCGGUGUUUCGCAGCUCUCCCCUGCUGGGCUGCUUCCUCUUCGGCCUCCCGCUGGGCGUGAUUAGCCUGAUGUGCUACGGCAUCUGCACGGCCGAGUCCGACGACGGCUCGGACGACGCGCUCAAGAGGGAGGGGCUGACCGACGAGGAGGAAGACGAGGACGAGGAGGAGGAGGAGGGCGAGGAGGAGAGGCAUCGGGCCAAUGAGCUGGAGGGCCCCGAGGAGGAGGAGGAGGAGGUGGAGGAAGACGAUGUCGACGGAGAGAAGGAUCCCAAGGAGAAGAAAACAGACUAACCCAGGUGCCCCCCCCCCCCCCGCCCCCCCCACCGCGGACAGGCGGCAGGGUCGAAGGUGGUGACAUGAAACUCAAAGACGUCUCCGCGUGCCGCUGCUCGGCUUCUUUGUCUUUCAUUUCACGUCCCACUGCGAGGCCCCUCUAGCGCAGGCGGCUCCCCCCCCCCCCCCCCGACCCCCCCUCUGCAAGCUCCCUGUCAAGCCGCCGAAUCGCGCUCCAAGCCGAGCGCCUCUUGGUGAACACGUAACGACAGAGAGAGAGAGAGAGCUGUGAACCAAACAAACCUUAUUUAUUAAGAUUUGACCAACCAGUGGUGACGCUUUCUCUCGUUUAGUAACUACUAAAACGCUCCUGUUUUUUUUUUGUCAUAUCUCAAUGCAUUUUUUUUUCUACUUCCAGUUUAUUCUCAUAUGUUAGAAUAGCAGAUACUACACAUUUUUGUCAUCUUUACCCCGACACAGUCACGGCUCAUGGUAAUCGACGUGUUUUAGAAAGCAAAGGAAGGAAAAUCUGCCAUAAAUGAAUUGUGCUUUUUUUCUUUUAUUAUAUGUUACUGCCUGAAAUAUUUCUUCUUCUUGUUCUCGGGGUGCUAAGUGCAGAGAUAGCCGUGCAUUUCUACUCAUUUCCCCACAUGUUGCUGUCCAUUUACGAGUGAAUGAAACAAGAUGGAAUGGUGAUGGGUAUCAGUCUGUCUGAUCCAGGGAAAUGGCAAAUGCACCUUUUUUUUCUUUUCUUUUUUUCCCCAUCAACAUGGCUCAGACGGGUUGUACCUGUAUAGCAGACAUCCAUAAAAUGCAUCAGCAGUCCCUGCAGCUUUUAACAAGUCAUAUUCUUCUGAUGGACCGGCCGGGCUCUUUCCACACUUCAAUCUGCCUUCCAUCACCGGCUGCCGUUUUUAAUUCAGUGGGCAGGUUGAAGUUUAAACCCCGAACACAAAAUAUAAAGCCUGUCUUCCUGCUUCUUAGUUUCACCCCCUUUUUUUUCUCCCCCUGCUGCCAUAACUCAACGAUUGUUAGUUUUCCCAAUGCUAAAUCUAUCCUAUUUUCAUACUGUCAUGGAUAGAGUGUACGCAGUAGCUCGAGUAGGGGGGGUUGUGGCUUCAGCUUGAAUUUAAGUGGGCGAUCUGUUACAUUAAAUAAAACAAGUGUUCCUAAAAUCUGCUCCACCCAGUCUAAUGCACUUUUUAUGAGAAAUGCACAGUGGAGUGCACCCAGUGGGGUGAUGUGGGGCUUUUCUGGCAGUGACUUACUAUUUUUUUUUUUUUUAAAUGUCAGUGACUGUAGAAGGAGAGAAUAUAGGAAAAGCCUGUUAGCACUCAAAAGCAUAAGGUGAAAUAUACAAUAUGGCAAACUGUUGGUGCAUCGUUUCCCGAUACGGCCCAGUGUCGAGCUAGUAGAGUACAAACAAACACAGAUACUUCUGUUAUUUAAAAUGAACAGGAUCGUAGCUUAAAGAAUACAGGUGACCAUUUUAAAAAAAUCCGCUUUCCUGCUCGAUGGCGAAGCUGAAGCUAUCCUCGGUAUCUCGCGGGCAAACGUGCUAAUAGCUUAGCACGAAGAGCGCUAUCGGCUAACCCGGUUCGGUCAGGAGGUCGUCUCUUUAGUUUAGCUGCACGCUAGCCGUGCUAGCCCCUGGCCUCCGGUCUUUUAUGCUAAGCUAAAUCUGCCGCUGACGCCUGUUGCACAUUUAACGUAGCGCGCGACCCGCUAGGAAGCUAACAAACAUGCUUCCUUUCGGAGUGGCGCCCCGGGUUGUUAUUCACGCUGCAUUUGUUUUUUUCAUUAAUCAUCCGAAACAUUCCUGCACAGGAUUCAACGUACCGGGGCUGGCGGGUAAUUAAAAGUUUUUCAAAUGAGUAACAGGCUUUUUCUCCGGAGGGACACUUCGGGCACGUGGUGAUGAACGAGCUUUGGGCUCUUCUUCGACCUUUUGUGGGGGGAAAAAAGCGGCGGGAAGAAGCCGCCUCGGACUCGGCGCCCGCGUCCUUGACUCGCUUUUCAGUUAGCCACGACCCGACUGCUGAUCCACACGCAACGCUUUGCAAUAGCGGUGAAGGUUUCGAGCUACUUGUGCUAUUGUUGCGCAGCGGGGGUCCACCCGUCUCGCGGCCAAUUCAUGAAAACGACGUGCAGUGGGGGAGCAAUAAGAGGGCCUCGUUUUGGUCAUUUCUUCUGUUUCAUCCUUCUUUUUGUAGCUCAGCAAAUCUUUAAGUUUUUUUUUAACAGUUUGUUUUAUUACUGUGAAACUGCACUGAAAGGAAAGCCUUCUGGUCCUUGUAGUUGCCUCCCAUUCUCUCUGAAACUUUACCGGUUUGAAAGAAUGAAAUAAAGAUUGUCCUCUUUUUCUUUUUGUUA